CUUCAGCAUCGCCUGCUUCCGCUGCUCUCCCGGGGUCACAAGGACAAACAGCGCGGAGCCCAAGCCCGCUCCCGCACCCAGCAAUACGACAACGACAAGCGCCUUCCUUAGGAACCCCAUGGCCGACUGUGCAACCAGAGAGGUAGGCCUGCAGAGCCUCCUGCAGCCUAGAGAGCCUCCACAGACCGUCGUUCCUUGCGCAGGCUAGAGCGACCCAUGACGGAAACCAUAGAGACGGAGCCGGGCUAGAGAGAGCUUGAGCGUCGAAAGACGUGGGUUCUAGAGUGUCGGGGUUAACCCAGGAGUUUGAUCGCAUCGAGAAAAUGCGUAGGUACCCAGAGCUGGGCGCGAGGCCCAUUGUUAUCAAAUCCAGAGUGAAAUUGCGAGAGAAGGGUGCGUGUCUCCAACGUGGUAGCUGUGGGUUUUGCGAUUGACCGGUAUUCAGUCCUGCGAAAUUUCCUGAUCAAUAGAGAGUAGGGCUAUUGUAGUUUCCUGCAAUAACUUGUGGAGUUCAACACUGCACGAAGUGGUCAUCCAGAUACCUAACACACAUCAGUCCACUGACGUCUCCCACCCCCAUCCCCGCGGAGUUACUUUUUUGGUCAUGGCAUACCUUUGGCAUGGGUUUGUUUUUUUCUUUUGAAACCACGAAAACUCUUGAUUUCGUGUAACAUGCUUAAUUCUGGUUUGGAGAAGAAAACGGCUCUUAGCUGUAUGACUCUGCGCUAGUCACUUAACUUGGCUGUACUCGGUUUCUGCAUCUGAAAUGGGCUAUUAAAAAGUACCUAUUCAUAGUUUCAGGAUAAUUAAAUGAGUUUGUUUGUAAAACAGUUCCUGGCAAAUAGUAAACACCACAUAAACGUUAAAUAAAAUACAAACAUGCCAGUUGGGGAGACCCAGUGAGGUAAGGAGUCAGGAAAUUCCAAGUUCAUUUUCAAAACUCUUCACUCAGGGGGCUUUAACCUAGGUGCCCCUCUUGUCUACUACGCCUCCUGCCAUCUCUGCCGUUGUCAAUAUCCCCAGGGAAUGAAUAGAAAUAAAGCUCCUAUCGCACCUGUUAGUCAUUUCCCCCUCCUCUAGAAGGCCCAUAAUCUCCUAACAUGUCAUCCUCUCCUCAGAAGUGAUUAAGGGGCCGGGUUCCUAAGAAGAUUAAAGGAGCAGUUUGUAGGGUGCACUAGGCAAGGGUACUCUAAUUCUGAGUUUGCCCACCUUGUACUCCAAGAAUCACCACCAUGGCCCUUGUACCACAGAGGAGCGAGGAAGAUGGCCCUUGGCCUAGAGAUAGCUCAGACUCCGAGGACCCAGAAAGUCCCAUGUUGACCAAUCCCCUCUGGAAGGAGAGAGGGGAGAUUGCCAGGGUUGAAGGUAACCAGGACAUUCAGGUUGUCUUUCAGAAGCCCUGCCUGCCUUCCAUUGUGGUGGAAGCCUCUGAAGUGAGCAAAGAGACUGAGAUGCCCCAGUGGCCGCAGGAGGAGCUGCUGCUGCUCACUGAUGGUGAGGAAGAGGAGGAGGCCAAGGUCUUGUUCCAGGACCAAAGUGAAGAGCCAGGCUGGGCUUGGAGUCCAUUGGACCCUAGAUCACCCCUAAAAACCUUUAACCCGGGACUCGGCUGGCGGCAGGAGCAGGAAGAACAAGAUGCCUCCUGGAUUCCUGAGGACAAGGAGUGUCUCGAAGAUUCCAACCCUUGUCCUCUCAGGGACCUGGCAGCAGGCUCCGAAGUCUACUGCAUUGUGGAAUAUCCCCAUCUCCUGCCUAGCAGUGGCUUUGAGGGAGCUGAAGAAGAAGCUGUUCAAGCGACGGCGGGUUUUGAACCGGGAGCGGCGACUGAGGCACCGGGUGGUCGGAGCUGUGAUAGACGAAGGGCUGAUCACGCGGCACCACCUCAAAAAGCGGGCGUCCAGUUCUCGUGCCAACAUUACUUUGUCCGGGAAGAAGCGCAGGAAACUCCUCCAGCAGAUCCGGCUUGCCCAGAAGGAGAAGGCAGCCAUGGAUGUGGAAGCUCCCCCAAAGCCAGCCAGGACUAGCGAACCACAGCCCAAACGCCCAAAGAAGACAAAAGCCCCCCAGGAUGUAGAAAUGGAAGAACUUGAAGAGGAGAGCUGAAUCUCUUGCCCCUUCCACCAAAUGAUUUUCAUCUGGAGCCAGGAGGCUCCUGCCAAGGGGAGCCCAGGUUUCAGCAGACUUGGGAGAAAGCAUUGCCCUUUUCCAUUCUCCCCACAUUCCUCUUCCAUAAUGGCCUGCAGGGACUUGUUGGGAAGGAAGAGGGUAGAAAAAAAAGAUUGGAGGGAGCUGGGGAAGGGGUUUAUUGUAAUAAAGGCCUAGAGUUCUGACUUA